AUGCCGAGUCACUCUGGUCUCUUCACCUCCUUCACCGGCCGUGUUCUGGCCAUCGAAGACGAGAAUCGCCUGUCUCUCCAUUCAAACGACUACCAGCCUAGCCCAGGGAAUAAGCUCCGGGCUAAUGGCGAGUUCUGGCUCUGUCGUGACGAUGGCUUGAUUGGGAAGUUCGGAAACCCAGACAAGCGCUUCCAGGUAGUCUUCCUGUAUGAUAACUGUGUGUAUAACAUCUGGGUUGAGACACGUGGUUACAGCGAUGGCGCACUGGAGUACGGGCUGAUCCCCAUCGUACCUGGUGGAGAUUACAGUAAUCGUUUCUUGGCUGUUAAUGACCAGACUGGUCAGCUAGAGAUUGCCAGUGAGUGGAAGCAGGAAGCGAAAUUCCGGUGUGUUGAGUAG